CAUAAAUAAGCGCUAGCAUCUGUUAGUGUUACUGUAUGCUGUAUGGGGUAAAUGUAAUUUUUUAUCUGCAGUUAUAUGUGAUUUUAUACUUCUUAAAGAUCUCAUUUGAAUGUUUCGCUACAUUUGGAGAACACGCAGUAGACACUGAUAGAAAGGAUCUGCUUUAGUCCUGCUUGAAUAUGUUCAAUUUCCCAGCACUCACCAGACUUUUUGAAGGUCACAAGGGGUCAAAGGUCCCUUCGGAGGUCAGUGAUGAGUGGGACUUGAUCCAGGAAGGUCUAGAAAAGUUUGAGGAGUGUCCAGAAUUUGAGAUGCCUGCAUCCACCGUGAAGAAUAUUACUCGGCUUCAUUGGAAGAAGAGUUCUGAGUGUCAUGUCUGUAGCAAUCCGGUAUGCAAGAGAGGCCUGUGGGCUACGUCUAAACACCAUUGUCGAAGAUGUGGGAAUAUUUUUUGUGCACAGUGCACCAAGUUCCAGCGACUGCUUUCUCCAAAUGCAGCAUAUGAUCCCAAUGGCUGGCCUUUCAAGGUGUGUGAGAAAUGCUACUACUAUGAACCUCAAACCGUGGGAUUCAGUCGAACCCAAACGGAUUACUUUGAAGGAUGGCGAGCAGCAAAGCAUCUAGAGAGCAAAGUCCUGACCAGACCGCCCAUUCUUCGCAAUCUGAAGAACCUGGUAGAGGGCUUUGAAGUCCAUUACAAGCCUCCGCCCCCAACCCCUUCCACCCGACCUCCUCGAAAUACAUCCUCUGCCUCAGAGGACCCAACUGCAGCCAUCCCGCCCCAAGUCCGGAAGCACCGGGAGCUGCUGGCAUCGUCGCUCUUCAAGGGUAUGUUUGCGAUGCGGCAAGGGGUAAGCGGGAUUCAGAACGCUCCAAGAUGGAUGAAACAGAGUGUGAUGGACCUCCCCAAGGCUCCUGGAAGGGUUGCCAAGGGCGUGGCCGAGGUACCAGGGCGGGUCAAGAAGGGUGUGACAGACCUCCAGAAAGCGGAGACAUGGAAGAAAAGAGAAGUCCCAGAUUGGCAGAAGCCUCCUACUUGGGUGAGCAUGGGAGCUGCAUGCCAGUGCUGUGAUCGUCCAUACCCAGCCCUAGAGCAACAGCACAACUGCCGUGUCUGUGGUAAGCUGGUCUGUAAGGCCCAGUCCACGCUGGACCUGCUCCUCUACAAACCAGACCCAGUGGACCAGGCCCUGGCAGGGUCUCAUGCUCGCUGGGCCCUCAUCAGAGUUGUAGGGAGCCCCGAGGUUGAACCUGACCAUCGUCUCUACCUACGAGUAUGCCAACCCUGUCAAGACCAGCUCCAAAUCAUCCAGGUCCAGGAGUACCAGCGAUUGACCCAAGGUCAGGGCUUGGUCAAUCUCUGCUGGGAACAGAUGAUGGCCAUUUAUCAAGAUAUCAUGAGCAUACGGUCAAAGAUUGACCAUCAGCUUCCCGAGUUCCAGGAGACUGUGGCUAAGGUGGAGGCCAAAACGAGAGGUCCUGAGGUCACAAUUGAACCAGACUCGCACAAUAAAGAGCAGCUCACUAAAUAUCAGAGUGAGCUUUCCCAUCACCUGUCUGUGUUCGUAGCGGUCAUAUCUCGUCUCAAAGAACUCCACCCUCAAACCCAAGGCCAAGUCAUAUUACUCAAAAACAUUCUCAAGUGUCAACAGAGAUACUACAUGGACAUGGACACACGGUUCAAGCAACUCCAAGCUCAACUCAAACAAAUCACACCAAACACUGUUCAUCAACAAAUCAUGGAUUUUUUAGAGACAGAGGCUUUGAAUUCUGCAUGUGCAUCACUGAACCAGCUAGAGGUGGAAUGCAGAUACCUCUGUGAAACACACCAUCUAGACCUCAACAUUCCAGUUAUCAUCAAGGAAACAGCAGAGAUGGUGGAGAUUGAGAUGAAAGAGAAGAUGGAAGGGACAGGUGAAGACUGGUCUGAACAGAAGGAAGAACUAGAUGAGUUUGUUCACAUACAGCUGGAGGGUAUACCAGAGGCCAACAUCCUGCCCCAGCGAAUGAUCCAGCCAUCCGCACAACUUCUCCGUCGCCUUGGCUCCUUCUACCUCCAGUGGCUGGUCAGUAGGAAGGCCUUUGAGGUCAUCGGCAGGAUCCGCCUCCAGCUGAUGAUUAGGAAUGCUGCCAAGGCCAGUCUCCUAGCAACCAACGAGUCACUGGAUCGACUGACACAGAGUGCACAGGAGGUGUCUCUAAAGGAGGAAUCAAUAGAGGAAGAUUAAUUGAGGAGAACUUGCCAGAAACCACUAGGAUAUCUUCAUAGAGGUUUUCUUUGAUAUGAUAUGGCGACAACUGUUUUAUUAAAUAGUAGACUGUAGUGCUUUUGAUGUGCCAGGAUCAUCAUUAUAUUUUAAAUGCUGCUUAUUUUUUAUAAAAAAUGCUACUUUAGCUGUGUAUGAUGGAUAUGUAAUAUACAGGUGCUAUUAUUCUUGCUUUUAUAUUUUGAAAUUAUGUAUAUCUUUAGAAUGAUAUUUUUGGGUGAGUGGUACUUUAAAGCUUGAUUCUGUUUUCUUUGCACUGUAGGUAAAUGAGCCGUAAGGAGCCUGUCAAUUGAAUUGUAGACUCUUCAGAAUGGGAAUUGUUGUUUUCUUUACUAGGCUGAUACCAAAAUUAUGUAACCCUCUUUUUUAUUUGUUUUAAAUAUGUAGAUUUCUUUUGUCUUGCCGAAGACCAAUUAUUCAUAUUACAGUCAAAUCUGUCUAUAGCGACCACCCAAGGGAAACACAAAAAGUGGCCUUUGUAGACAGGUGGUCUUUGUAGAGAGGUUCCUUUAGUACAUGCUUCAAUGAGAAACCAUUUUCAAAGGAAACAACAAAUAUGGCCUUUGUAGACAGGUGGUCACUAAAGCAGGUUUGACUGUAUUUAUACAAAGCUGUGUAAAUAACCAUUCCCCAUUAUCUGACAUGUGUUUUUUUGUGUAUGAAGAAUAUUCCUGCACAUUUAAAAACCAGUUAUUACUACUGCAUUUUUUUACAAGGUUGGUACACAAAUCAUUUUAAAUGAAUUUUUCAUUGAAUUUGUAGAUAACUUUUGACUCGAUAAAGACCUAUCAUUUUUUAUAAUAACAAGGCUAUACUAGUACAUACAGUGUAGUGCAUAAUUCUUUGUAUUUUUUUGUUUUUGUAUAUUCUUUUGUACUUCAUUAUAUAUAUUGUAUUAUUCUGAAAACUGAUACCUCCGGUCUGUGUUGCUGGUCACUUCUCAUAUAAAGACCACCCAAGAG